CGUGGUACCACCGAUUGGUGUAAAAAAUGAAACUUCUAAACCUUCAUUUGUUCCAUUGGAUUCGGAAGGUGUGAUCGCAGCAUCCAAAGCAUCUCGAAAAGCAUCGGCUGAAACAUGGCGAUUAGAAAUGGAUUCAUUAAAUAUGUUCAUGAAUCAGGUAUUGGAACAAAUGGAGAAAGGACCGGUUAGUAUGACAUUGGUUGCACGCAUUAAAGCUCAUCCAUUUUAUGAUUCACGACCGAUGGUUAAAGAAUUGUUAGAGUCAAUUAUUGCAGCACAGCCACCAUCGGUGCAAAAGCAAGCUUCGAAAUUAAUCCAACAACAAUCUCAGGAAUUAAUUAAACGACAAACAGCUGAAGCAGCAGCAGCAGCAGCAGCGGCAGCAGCAGGAAUAGGAGUAGGAGUAGGAGUAGCAUCAAAUGGUGAAGCAACGGUAGGAAUAACAGGUAGACGAAAUAGUAAGGCAUAUGAAAUAGCAACAAUAUCACCAAUUAAAAUUGAUGAAAAACGAAUACCUGGAAAAUAUCAAUCAAUUGGUACAGCACAAUGUAAUGGACAAACGAAAAAUUUUAGUGAACGACCGUGGCAUAGUGUUGAAGUUGGUUUUGAUCCAGAUGAAGAUGUGGAGCAGAACGUUGAAACACCACAAUCUUUCUCUCAUGAUGAACUUACGGAAGAGACUGUUCAGGAUACUUCGUUCGAAGAUGCAAGUGAUGGAGAAAUUGUCAUGGAUAGUGAUAGAAAUCAAUCAAAAGCAAAUUUACGAGAUCAUGAAGAAGCAUUGAAGGAAGAUGAAGAAUGUGAUGAUGAAGAUGAUGAGGAGGUUGAAGAAAGUGAUAGUGAAAUUGAUGAACUCGGCAAAGAAGUAGAACAGAUCGAAGAUGAAGAAAGCGCUUCAUAUCGUACAGCAUUAUCAGAGGAAAAUCCCAUAGAUUCGAAUGAAAAUAAUCCACCACCUGAUCCGCAUAUGAAAAUUGUCGCACCACAAUUCGUCGAUGCUUUCGAUCGAGGCUUAGCAAAACGACAAAGUAAAGGAAAAUAUCAGCAUAGUAAAGUAGAGCUAUACGGUCGAGGUGUAUCAACGGAAUGUGAAAGUCCAACUUUACCACAUCGUCGUAUUGGUGGACCACAACCGACUAUUGAAAGAUCGCCAUUCCUCUUUGAUAAGGCACCAUUUGCAAAGAAAUAUAUCAUGACAUAUCCAAAACCGAUUGAUGAUAGCGGUGAUGAUAUUCCGGGUAGACUUGGCAAAAAAAUUGUAAAAAAUUGGCUACGAACACAGGAUCCAGAUGUUAUAGUUUCGAGCAAUGAAACUCCAGCUGAAAUUGCAAGUAGAAUUUGUUCGGUACCACCACGUUCACCACCAAAUGUAAUCAAAUCGGAAGAUGAAGUUUCUGAAUCAGAAAGUGAUGAAGAUGAAGAAGAUGAUGAAAAUGAGAAUGAAGAAAUUGAUGAAGAGGAAAUUAGUGAAGAAAGUGAGGCGAAUAAACUAUCAACAAAUAAACAAUCAGGAAUUUCUGAUCUCACUACUACAGUUGAAGUUGAGAAACGUAAACCACAAACGAAUGAUCUAGAAACAAAUCAUGUAACAGGAGAUGCAAAAUAUCAGAUGAAAUCGAAGGCUAAGGAAGAAUGUAAUAAAAUGGAUGUGUCAUUAACGACGAGAAAAGCAAAUAAGCCAGUUAGAUUGGGUAAUCGAUCAUCAGCAAUACCACCAUACGAUACAACUGUAUCAUUUUUGCGGCAUCAUAAUUGGGAUCGUCGGCGACGAAAUCGUACCAUUGAUAUUCCGGAAAAUGUUUUGAAGAGUGAGAAGAAGGAAAAAUGCUUGCAAGACUUGCAGCAACAGUUAUCACACAUGUUAUCAGUUGAAGUUAAAAUUCAAAAUUUACUUUACAAAAGGCAACAUUAUAAGUCUUUAAUUGUCACUUAUUUUAGCAUUGUUGAUCAUCGCGACGAAAUGACGCCAAAUCGAUAUGUUACUGGUUAUACAAUGACAACAACCAAUGAUACAAUCGGAUUACCAUGGAAUCGUACAUCAGGUACAUCUAAUCGAUCAAUUUCACCUAGUUUAACAAUUGCUGGUCGUAUUUUAUAUCCAAUCGAUCCAUUUUAUGCUCAUAAUAAAUUUUUAAAAGAAUCGAAUGGCAAAGAUCUGGCUAGUACAGGAUACCCGAAUCCUACUGUUUAUGGACAAAAUGCACGUUUUAAUGAUGACAAUUUUAGAAGGACUACCGAAAAAGAUACAGUUUCACCGACACGAAUUAAUGUUGUUCUGAAUCAUAAUUUGCAUACAGUACGAGAUGAUAAACGAAAAUCCAAAUCAGCGCAUGAUUUUUCACCUGAUCGACCUGAUUUGCAUAGCGGAAUAACCAAUGUAAGCAAGCAUGCUACACCUGGUUCAUCCAAUAUCAGUCGUUAUGAUAAUGAGUCAUCAAUACCUCAAUCAUGGGCAUUAGAGCCAAAGAGAUUUUAUGUAUAUCAGACAAGAGCGGAACGUGAAGCCGAGAAAAAUACAGCUGUCAGUAAUUUACAUCCUUCAUCAACGUAUCGAACAACGGGUUCUUCAUGGUAUAGUGGUACACCUACCGUUAAUCAUCCAAUUUCUUCAUAUACAUCCGAUUACAAAUCCAGAUAUGAUGAUAAUUACUUGUAUCGACGAAAUAAUGCCUAUGAUAUCGAUACUGGAAGCAUGCAUAUUUCAUUAGCUUUUGGUGAUUCUAAUCGUCGUAUAUAUGGUCGUUCAAGUAGCAUGGAAAGAAAUGCGUUACGUCAAGAUGAUCUUGAUCAUUUCGGUUUCCGAAAUUUCAUAACGACAUCUGAAUUGGGUAGUGGUGGUGAUAAAGGAGAAUAUAGUUACAUCAAUUUUCACGAUACAGCUAUUCGAGGAUCAACACCACAUGAACCGGAUCAUAGCAAAUUGCCAACACGAGGCAUUUUAAAAAAUAAACAAAGUAUGGAUAAUGAAAGCCGUGCAUCAACCGAAAUAUCGUCAACGGGAAACGGUCAGGGAAUAGAGGGAGGAAAAGAUCAGACAUCAACAACUACUGGUAAAGGUUCCAAAGAUGAGCAAUCGAAAGCAGCCAAGAAACGUUCACUUUUUCUGGCUCUUGGACGAAGACGAACAACAGAAAUGCGUCUUGGGCCAGAUGGUAAAUUAACGAUUGGAGGAAUUGAGUCAGAAUUCAAGAGACCAUCUUCACCCAUUGAUAAAAUUAAAUCACUUUUCUGGAAAAGUAAGGAAAGCAUAGCAAUGCCGACACCUUCUAGCAAUUAUGCAAAUCUUGAUUACGCCAACUUUCCAUCAUCCACUUCGGCAAGAUACGGUUUUACGGAUAAAGUUUAUGGUGUCUAUCCAUCAUCUCAUCUUACACCUCCAAUUGCACGUGAUCCAUUUGCUCCACAAUAUAGGAAAUAUACGGCUGCUAUAACAACACCUGGUAAUAAUUAUAAUCGAUAUAACUAUACAGCUGGUACAAAUGAUCGAACGUUACGUCAUUGGCAUGAAGAUCCUCACAUGUUUUAA